AUGAGUCCAAAAAAUAUUAUUCCUUUUUUCAAUUUAACACAAAUAAUAGUAGGGAUUGUUGCUUUUUCUUAAGGAGUUUAGCAUUUGGCUGAUUUUUCAAUUCAAUACUUAUAUAAGGAUGAUUUUGAUGUAUCCCCUAGUAGAAUUGGAGUAUAUAUUGGACUAUCAUAAUUGCAAUGGUAUAUUUAUUAAUUAGCUUAAUUAUAGGAUAAUUAAACCUAUUUGGGGAAUUAUUUGUGAUUCAUUUCCUAUUUUAGAUUCUAAAAGAAAGCAUAUAUUGUUUUUUGUGGUUUUUUAAGUUUCAUAGGAUGGCAAUAAAUGGCAUAUACUGGAGUUGAUAAUGUUUAUUUGGCUGUUGCUUUACUUAUUAUGAUAUCAUCAUCAGUUUGUAUCUG